AUGGUGGUGGAUCAAUCGUUUGUCCAAGAAGCACUCCAGAAAGUUGAGCUGCUGUCUCAUGAUGUUGUUGUCUCCACUAUAAGCUCAUUGAAGAGCUCAGAAUGUUCACAAUGGUUUGAAGCUAACGUUUGGAACGUCCAAGAACAUCUUGAGAAUCUAGAGUGGGCUUCUCUGGCAGCCAUUGAUGGUGCUUUAAGAUAUUUGAAGGAUGCUACGUUGUUCCAAUUGAUAAGAGAUUUGAUAUUUUUCUCUGUUGUGUUAGGUUGGCUCAACUCCUUAUUGCUAGAUAUUAGAGGUUAUGGUAUAUUCGGGUAUUCAAGACUUAUAUUUCGUCAAUAUUCAAGAAAAACUUUUAAAUGGAUUUUAUCAUUACCUUUAAUUAGAAAUAAAGUCGAUGAUGAGGUUAAUGAUACAAUAAAAAAAUUAGAAACUUCAUUAGUUGUUAAAACUCCAGAAGUGCAAGAUUUCACUGAAAUACCCAACAAAGGUUUAUCAGACUCACAAAUCAUUGAUCUAUUGGGUAAAUUAUCAGAUCUUAAACAUUCAGAUUGGCAAAAUGGUAAAGUAUCAGGUGCAGUUUAUCAUGGAGGUGAAGACAUUAUAAAAAUUCAAUCAGAUGCUUUUAAAAUAUUUUGUGUUGCUAAUCAAUUACAUCCUGAUGUUUUCCCAGGUGUACGUAAAAUGGAGGCUGAAGUUGUUUCAAUGACUUUAAAAUUAUUCAAUGCUCCAACAAAUGCAGUUGGUGGUACAAGUUCUGGAGGUACUGAAUCAUUAUUAUUAGCAUGUCUCGCUGCUAAAGAAUAUGCCAAACGUCACAAGGGUAUAACAGAUCCUGAAAUCAUCCUACCUGAAACUGCUCAUGCGGGAUUUGAUAAAGCUGGUUAUUAUUUCGGUAUUAAAUUACAUCACGUCCCUUUAGAUCCAGUGACGUUUAAAGUUGAUUUGCACAAGAUGAAGAAAUUUAUCAACAAGAAUACCGUUUUGUUGGUUGGUUCUGCCCCUAAUUUUCCUCAUGGUAUCAUUGAUGACAUUCAAGGUAUUGGAGCGUUGGGUACAAAAUAUAAUAUACCAGUUCACGUUGAUUGUUGUCUUGGUUCAUUUAUUGUCUCUUAUAUGGACAAAGUUGGGUUUGAAUUACCACCCUUUGACUUUAGAGUCCCAGGUGUUACAUCUGUAUCAUGUGAUACUCACAAGUAUGGUUUUGCACCAAAAGGUUCCUCAAUUAUAAUGUAUCGAAACAGUGCUUUAAGAGAAGCUCAAUAUUAUGUGAACCCGGAUUGGGUUGGUGGGAUCUAUGGUAGUCCAACUUUAGCAGGUAGUAGACCAGGUGCUUUGAUUGUGGGUUGUUAUGCAACAAUGAUCAAAAUUGGUGAUGAAGGUUAUAAAAAAUCAUGUAAAGAAAUUGUCACAGCUGCUAGGAAAUUGAAAAAAAGAAUCCAAGAUGAAAUUCCAGAUCUACAAAUCAUUGGCGACCCGUUAACUUCUGUCAUUUCAUUCAAGUCUGAUACAAUCAAUAUUUAUCAACUUUCAGAUUUGUUGAAUGGUAAAGGAUGGCAUUUGAGUACCCUACAAAAGCCUGCAGCAUUACAUCUUGCAACUACCAGAUUAUCAGUUCCUGUUAUUGAUGAAUUGAUUGAAGAUAUCAAAGAAGCUGUGGACGCUUUACAAGGCUCUCAAACUGCUAAAGGUGAUACGGCUGCUUUAUAUGGUGUUGCUGGUAAUAUCUCAGCUACAGGUGUUGUGGAUAGAUUGGUGGUUGGAUUCCUUGAUACAUUGUACAAAACUUAA